UAAUUGUUGUUUGUCAAAAGUGUUUUUCUUAUUGUUGCUGUUGUGGUUGUUGCAAUUGUUGCUGUUGCUGCUGCUGCUGCUGCUGCUCUCGCUGCAUUUGUUUUCAAAUUGCAAAUUGCUGUCAGUUAAGCGAUGCGCGCGUAAAAAUUACGUUUGCACCACCACGCGGCGUAUGAGUAACAAAUUGCAAAUGCAAUUUUCCCGCGCGCUUAAAAAUACAUAUUCUCAUAAACCAAUUACAGUUAUACAGUUACACUUAAACGGGCGGCUGUGCAUAAACCUGAGGUCUACUGGCAAACUUGAGCUUCUUCAAAUAAUUGUACAAGUGCAACAGCUCAACAAACAAUUAGCACAAAUUUAAUACUAAACAAUAAAAGCGAAGCGUCGGUUUUAUGUGUCAGCUUCCGUUCAAAUAAUAACAACAACAACAAGACAACAAGCAUAAAAUUGAUCAAAAAACGCGGCGACAGGCGGACAAGCGGGAAACGGAUUUCCGCGCCAACUCAUCAAAACAGCAAGCAACAGGAAUCGAGGCAACAGACGCUAAGGCAGACAGUCGCCAGUAUCCUUGGGCUGCCAAUUGUGCAGCAACAAAUAAAAAUAAAAAUAAAAAUCUAGCAACGUGAAAGGCUGCAGGAUUAGCCCGCGUCCUAGUCUAGAAGCAACGAGAGAAACAACAACGCGAAUUGUAUCCAUAAGUUCCUUUGUGCGUCAUGCACGACAACGCUGGCAAGCCGUCCCCCACCACCACGCCCACACAGUCGCCGUUGGCGACGGCUGAGCAGGCAGGUGCAGGAAUAGCUGAUGAUGAGGAUGAGACCGAUGUAAUUGGUGAUCUGAUGGGCCAUUAUGGCAAGUGGCAGCUGCUGAUGACAGUGCUACUGUCGCUCUUCCAGGUGCCCAACACAUUUCACAUAUCCUCGUCCGUUUAUCAGUCGGCCCAUAAAGAUUUUUGGUGCGAGCGUCCUGCGCACCUCAAGCAGCUGCCCGUUGAUCUUUGGCGCAAUCUGACCGGGGAUAGGGACAAUUGCAAAUGGCGCGCAAAUAUCGAUUGGAGUCAGCUGAGCAAUGAAUCUACGCCAGCAGAGCUGCAGCAACAGGCGGCAGUUGCAAGUGCUGGCAGUGCCUUGGUGGCGUGCAGCAGCUGGGAAUAUGACAUGAAUGAUAAUUUGGGCAACACGUGGACCUCGCAGUGGGAUCUGGUCUGCGACAAGGAUUAUCUACUUAACGUGGCUGAGAUGUGCUUUUUACUGGGCGUUGCCACAGGUGGCAUUCUAUCCGGCUACCUAUCCGACAAGUUUGGCCGUAAAACAAUGCUCUUCAUAUCAGCCGUGCUGCAGACCAUAUUCGGUCUCUGGCUUUAUUUCUGCAGUUCCUUAUAUUGGUAUUUAGCGCUGCGGGGAUUGUUGGGUCUCGUCUCCGUUUCGGUUACAUACUCUGGUCUAAUAUUGGCAAUUGAGUAUGUGGACGGCAAGUGGCGGACUAUAGCUGGCAUGUACAAUCUGUUUCCACUGCCGAUAUCGUAUAUGAUCAUCUCCGGUGUGGCCUACUUAACGCAAGAUUAUCAGAGACUGCAGCUGUGCAUUGGAGUGCCCGGCAUAUUCCUUUGUUUUCUCUGGUUUGUGGUGCCGGAAUCCCCUCGUUGGCUGCUGGUCAAGGGUCGCAUUGAGGAGGUGAAGCGCAUCAUUGAGGCGGCGGCCAAAUUCAAUGGACGCCAGCUGCCGCCAGAUUAUCAGUUAACGCCGCCAACGCAAGGGAGCAGCUCGCAGGAUAUAACUUAUUUGUUUCGUUCGAGCUACUUGCGCCGCAUCACAAUCUGUUUUCUCUGCAUUUGGUUCACCAUGAAUCUGGUUUACUAUGGCUUUAUUUUGAACAUGAGCUCGUUCGGUGGCAAUGUCUACUUGAAUUCGGCAAUAGCUGGCCUAGUCGAAAUACCAGCCAUUGCAGUGGCCAUGUACAUUAUCACAAAAGUUGGCAAAAAGUGGCUCUUCUGCGCCACAUUGAUGUGCGCCGGCGUCGCCUGCUUUUGCGCUACGCUUACCGAGGGGCAAAAGGACAUGCUCUGGCUGAAGAUAACAUUCCUGAUGAUGGGCAAGUUUACAAUCGCCGCUGGUAAUACCAUUAUGCCCGUUUACACGUCGGAGCUGUAUCCCACACCCAUACGUAACGUGGGCGUGGGCACAUGCAACAUUGCCGCCGGCUUGGCGCUCAUUUUAACCCCCUACUUCUCGAUGCUGAAUAAAAUCGAAAGUCAUUUGCUGAUGGCGCUGCUCACUGCCUGGAGCAUUUUUGGUGGUUUUGUGGUGCUCUUUCUGCCGGAGACAUCGGUGCGUAAGGCAAACACUAAUCCAGAUCGCCAGAAUGCUGCGAAGCAGGUGUAAUAACAUAGUCCCUUGUCACCCAAUAAAUAUUUUGGCUGGUCCAAAAUACACACACAGCACACACACACACAGACACAAAUGCACACAUACAUAUAUAAACUCCAAGAUAUACUACCUAUACAAGCCAAUUACUGUUGCUCAACCCCUAAUAUAACAUAUCCACCGCCUCAGCCACCGCAAAUUUAAAAAAAGUAGCUCAAGGUUCAAGGAAAGAAAUUUAUUUAAAAUCACACUUUGACAAAAGUAUUCAAAUUCAUUGUUGGAAUUUAAUACGAAAAUUCGAUGCUAAAUAAAACAAAAAAAAAACCAACUCUUGUUGUUGCUUGUAUUGAAUUCAAAAUGAAAUAUAACUUGUCAAUAUGUCUUGUCAACAUUACAAUAUCUCAAUAUCUUAAUGUAACCCAUAUAAUCUCGUCUCGUUGUUAACGUUUCUGUUGUGCACGCAAAUAUUAUUAAUAUUAAAUUUAUUAUUAAAUGUUUUAUAGCAAGUAGUCAUAUCGAAAAUAUUAAUGCAAAAAAAAGCAAAUAAGAAAAAGAAUCCAAUUGUAAUCUCUGGUACAUGUAGUCAAUUAUUUAAUUAGCUGUAAACAAAAUUUAACUAUAUAUUGGUCAAUUAUGUAUACAUAUAGAAAGCUG